AUGGCCUCCACCAACGGACUGGGCGCAACCAAGGAGCUCGAUGUGCUCAUCAUCGGCGCCGGUUUUGGCGGCUGCUACGGGCUUUACCGGCUGCGCCAGCAGGGAUACAAGGUGCACGUGUUCGAGGCUGGCAAAGGCCUGGGCGGCGUCUGGCACUGGAACACGUAUCCAGGCGCGCGCGUCGACUCGGAGAUUCCCUACUACCAGUUCUCCAUGCCGGAGGUAUGGCGCAAAUGGACGUGGACCGAGCGGUUCCCGAGCGGCGACGAGCUGCGGGCGUACUUCCGGCACGUCGACCAGACUCUGGGCCUGUCCAAGGACAUCAGCUACGGGGCCAAUGUCGUGGGCGCCACCUUUGACGACGAGUCUGGUCGCUGGACAGUCACGACCGAGGCCGGCCAGACGGCUGUGUGCAAAUACCUCAUCUGCGCGACCGGCAGCUCGUUCCGGCCGCACAUCCCCGACUUCAAGAACCUCGACCGCUUCCGCGGCCAGCUCAUCCACUCGACGCGCUAUCCGGCCGUGGCCAACACAAAGAACGCGCGCGUUGCCAUCGUCGGCUCGGGAGCCACGGCCGUCCAGUGCACCCAGGAGAUCACCAAAGAGGCUGCCCAGCUGACCGUCUUCAUCCGCACGGCCAGCAUCUCGCUGCCCAUGGUGCAGCGGCCCUUUACCGAGCUCGAGGAGCGCAUCGGCAAGAGCACGCUGCGCCGGACCUUUGCCUACUGUCGUAGCACUACCUCCGGCCUCGGCUACGACCGCCAGCUGGGCUCCGUCUUUGACCUCAGCGACGAGGAGCGCGAGGACUUUUGGGAAGACCUCUGGAGCCGCGGCGGCUUCAACUUCAAUCAGGCCAACUACCGCGACUUCCUCGUCGACCCCCGUGCCAGCCGGAUGAUGUACGACUUCUGGGCCAAGAAGACGCGGCCUCGCGUCCGAAACCCGGAAAAGGCCGCCUUCCUCGUGCCAGAGGAGCCCCCGUUUGCCUUUGGGACCAAGCGGAGCAGCCUCGAGCAGGACUACUACGAACGCAUCGACCAGGACAACGUCGACGUCGUCAACCUCAAGGCGACCCCGAUCCGCGAGUUCACCGAAACCGGCAUCAUCACCACCGACGGCCGUGAGCGCCCGUUCGACAUCGUCAUCCUGGCCACCGGCUUCGACGCCAUGACCGGCAGCCUCACCAAUAUGAACAUCCGCGGCCGCGACGGCCUGACCUUUCAGCAGCGCUGGAAGGAUGGCGUCUUCACCCAUCUCGGUCUCUGCAGCAGCGGCUGUCCGAACCUUUUUAUGAUAUAUGGACCUCAGGCCCCCACCGCCUUCACAAACGGCCCCGUGUUCAUCGAGAGCCAAGUCGACGUCGUCAUCGACCUGCUUAAUAAGCUCCAGAGCGAAGGCAUCAAGUCGAUCGAGGCCCAGCGGCCCGCUGAAGAAAAGUGGAAGCAGGCCAUCCAAGACGCUAACGACAAGACCCUGUUGCCACUCACAGACUCGUGGUACAUGGGCGCCAACAUCCCAGGCAAGAAGCGGGAACAGCUCAACUACCUUGGCGGCAUUGCCAACUACGAGAAGGAGUGCCGAGAGGCCAUUGCCGGUCUGGACGGGUUCACAGUCGUGUACGAUAAGGCUUAG